AUGGCCCUGAAGAUGAUCUUAGAGGAGAGAGAAGUUUUUGAUCGAGAUGAAGACGAGGAGAUUUCUGAAACUGAGGACCACAUCUCCGAAGUUUCACAAAGCGAAAGCAAUUUCGAUGAUGAUAUCUUGGACGAAGAUUUCGUUCCAACCAUCCUCAAGUCGCGGAAGCGCUCGGGCUUUCUACACUGCGCGCGAAGCACCAUCGGCCCAGCAGGGAGAACCAUCCUCAAGCCACAGAAGCGCUCGGGCUUUCUACGCGGAGCGCAGAGCGCCAUCGGCCCAGCAGGGAGAACGGGAAAAGAAAAAGGAAAAGCAAAAGAAGUGUUUCUGUGGAGCGCGUGGCUGAAAGCGCGGAGCAGCAGGGAGAAGCUGAGCCAGCUCCUGGACCGUCUGUUGAGGCGGAAAUUCCUGGCGAGGUCUUCUUGUCUGUCAAAAGCCGGCGACAUUUCAUGGUCUUCUUGCCCAUCAAAGCAGCCACCCCGCCUUUCAGCUAAUGUAAUAACAAUGGAACCAGGCCCAACUAGAAUGGCAAUCAGCCAUGUCACGGACAUCAGGUCUACCUUCCAUCUGCUAAUGCCAGAUUCGAUCCUCCAAAUUAUCCUGGACUGCACAAACCGAGAAGGUAGGCGUGUAUAUGGAGAAAAGUGGAAGGUCAUGGACAUGAUCCUGAUGUACGCCUACCUUGGUUUGCUGUACCUGGCUGGAGUCUUCAAAUCGAAUGGAGAAUCACUGCAUUCCCUGUGGUCAGCUGAAACCGGCAGGGAAAUAUUCCGGGCAACAAUGUUCUUGGACAAAUUCCAGAUCAUUUCCAGGGUUUUCCAGUUCGAUAACCGAGACGACAGACCAGCUCGACGGCAGACAGACAAGCUUGCAGCCAUCAGGACGGUGUGGGACAAGUGGGUGCACCGCCCCCCCCCGCUUUUCAACCCUGGGCCUAAUGUCACUGUUGAUGAACAGCUGAUGCCGUUUAGGGGCCGCUGCCCAUUCAGGCAGUAUAUGCCAUCAAAACCUGCUAAGUAUGGCAUCAAGUUCACAGCUGCCUGCGAUGCCGCUACGUCAUACGCCUGGAACCUGCAGGUGUACACAGGGAAACCUGAGGGAGGAGUCCCCGAGCGUAAUCAGGCGAUGAGAGUUGUCCUGGACCUGUGUGAAAAACUCAAGGGACACAACAUUACCUGCGACAACUUUUUCACCUCUUACAAGCUGAGACAGGAACUGCUGAAGAGGAAGCUGACCAUGGUGGGAACGAUCCGUAAGAACAAGCCAGAGCUCCCACCCCAACUGCUGCAGACAAAGGACAGGCCUAUAAAUUCCUCCAUGUUUAUGUACACGGCUGACACAUCCCUGGUGUCCUGUGUUCCGAGAAAAGGAAUGAAUGUGCUGUUGAUGAGCACACUUCAUCGGGAUGGGACAAUCUGUGGCCAAAAACCACAAAUUAUCUUGGACUAUAACGCCACAAAAGGAGGGGUGGACAACAUUGACAAGCUGGUCACUGCCUACACCUGCAAAAGAAGCUGGCCCCAGGUGAUCUUCUCUGACAUGUUGGACAUCUCAGCAUACAACGCUUUUGUCCUGUGGCUGGGAGUCAACCCACACUGGAACUACCAUAAGCUCCAGAGAAGAAGAUUUUUCAUGGAGGAACUGGGAAAGGCCCUGGUGACACCCUACAUCCAGACCAGGCAGCAUAUUCCUAGAACACCAUCCUCUGUGGCCAUCGUGAGGAGGAUUCAGGGGGAGGAUGCUUCUGGCCCAUCCACCAGACCUACAGGUCCACAACCACCAGUGCCUGAGGUUGCUGCCAAAACCACAACCAUUGUGUGGACCCAAGAUGGAGAGGAAGACACAGUGUGGUGA